UCUAACUUGUAGAGAAAGGUACUGGGAACCGAGUGAUCAUGUUUUAUAUAUAUAGCAGCUGGACCGACGGUCAUUUUUGUGAAGAACUGCCAAGGCUGAAUUCAUUAGUUACUCAGUGGGAAUUACUUUAAUAUGGCCAGCGGAAUAGCGUUUGAUCUGCUCCUUGGAGUUGGUAACGACCACGAAAACGAAGUUUUCGAGCUUUCUUACGCUGCAUUCGCUGAAGAGUUGCAGCUCCAGGAGAUCCUUAAGGAGUCCAUGGUCGCUUCUGAAAAUGCAGCUUGCGAAGCCACCAAGAAACCUGGAUGUCCUGUCUGCUAUAGAUUGUCCUGCAUGGAAUGUUCUACCCCACACCAGGGCUCAGGGUUUCCAGAGCCUCAGGUCAUCGACCUCGCGGAGAGGGCAGCACCUUGUUCCCAUCAAAGAUUUAGAUGCAUUGAGCAACAAAGGAUAAACGAGAAUGACAACGAAAGGGAGCGUUUCCCGUGGAGGAGACCUACAGAAAGAUUCAGGGGAAGGAGGAUGGGAGAUGUUCCUCAGGCUCAAACCAGUUCAAGCAAUGAAUUUCAAGCAAAAACCAGUUCAUUGGGCGAAAACGAUCUAAUUGCUGGCAUCGGUAAUACUGAGGAUCCUAAGAGUAAAGGCAUAGCCAUGGAUGAUGGCUGGUUGCUGGAGGAUAACAAUACAAAUGCUGUUCAGGAAGAUGAUUAUGAUUCCUUGAACGACGAGGAUGAGUUUGAUUCCGACUACAGUCAAAAGAGCCAUGAGAGUGGUAAAAAGAGUACCUGGUUCAAGGAAUUUUUCGAGAGAAUGGAUGCUUUGAACAUUGAGGAGAUCGAUGAAACUCUGUGGCACUGUCCAGCAUGCAUAGGUGGUCCUGGUGCCACCAAAUGGUACAGAAGCAUCAGUGACCUGAUUGCACAUUCCAAAAAGAUUGGAUCGAGAAGGGUGAAGUUACAUCGAGAGCUUGCAAAGAUUCUAGAAACGGAGCUGUGCAUUAAGGGAACCUCAAUUCUUCAUGCAGGCCCUAUAUCUGGUACAUGGAAAGGUUUAACAGACGAUGCAUUCGCUGAAGAGCUGCAGCUCGAGGAGAUCCUUAAGGAGUCCAUGGUCGCUUUUGAAAAUGCAGCUUGCGAAGCCACCAAGAAACCUGGAUGUUCUUUCUGCAAUAGAUUGUCCUGCAUGGAAUGUUGUACCCCCCACCAGGGCUCAGGGUUUCCAGAGCCUCAGGUCAUCAACCUUGCGGAGAGGGCAGUACAUCGUUCCCAUCAGAGAUUUAGAUGCAUUGAGCAACAAAGGAUAAACGAGAAUGACAACGGAAGUGAGCGUUUCCAGUGGAGGAGACCUACAGCAAGAUUCUGGGGAAGGAGGAUGGGAGAUGUUCCUCAGGCUCAAAAUAGUUCAAGCAAUGAAUUUCAUGCAAAAACCAGUUCAUUGGGCGAAAGCGAUCUAAUUGCUGGCACCGUUAAUACUGAGGAUCCUAAGGAUAAAGGCAUAGCCAUUGAUGAUGGCUGGUUGCUGGUCUCUAAAUGGAAAUCCGACAGCAGAGUUGGAAACAGAGCUGACAAACUGUGGGUUGAUGCCCAUCAUCCUAAUCCUUUAAAGGGUUCAAAGGAUAACAAUACAAAUGCUGUUCAGGAAGAUGAUUAUGAUUCCUUGAACGACGAGGAUGAGUUUGAUUCCGACUACAAUCAAAAGAGCCAUGAGAGUGGUAAAAAGAGUACCUGGUUCAAGGAAUUUUUCGAGAGAAAGGAUGCUUUGAACAUUGAGGAGAUCGAUGAAACUCCGUGGCACUGUCCAGCAUGCAAAGGUGGUCCUGGUGCCACCAAAUGGUACAGAAGCAUCAGUGACCUUAUUGCACAUUCCAAAAAUAUUGGAUCGAGAAGGGUGAAGUUACAUCGAGAGCUUGCAAAGCUUCUAGAAACGGAGCUGUGCAUUAAGGGAACCUCAAUUCCUCCUGCUGGCCCUAUAUCUGGUACAUGGAAAGGUUUAACAGACGAUGCAAGAGAUCAUGAACUGGUUUGGCCUCCCAUGGUUGUCAUUAGUAACACGUUGACGAGCAAUAUUCAAGAUGGAAAGUUCAUUGGCAUGGGAAAUCAAGAGCUUCUUGAGCACUUCAGCUCGUAUCCGGCUUUAAAGGCUCAACACUCCUAUGGUCCUAAAGGUCACCGUGGUUUGAGUGUCUUGAUUUUCGAGAAGUCUGCGGUAGGUUAUCUAGAAGCUGAGAGGCUACAUAAGAAUUUUCUCGAGCAACGAUUAGGUCGAUCUGCUUGGAAUUCUUGUACAAACGAGGUCCUUCCCAGUGGAGAGCGUCAACUUUACGGUUACAUGGCACUGAAGGAAGACCUAGAUGUCUUCAACCAGCAUUUCCAAGGUAAAUCCAAGAUCAAAUUUGAGCUGAAAUCAUAUCAAGAAGCGGUCCUGAAUGAAAUCAAGGAAAUGAAGGAGAACAGCCAACAUGUCAUCUUGUUGAAGGAUAGGCUUGAAGAAGAAACAAAACGAGCAGAAGUUUUUGAAAGAUCAGUUAAUAAUCUGAGUAGGAACCUACAACAAAAAAUGGAGGACAUCCGUAUAUUUGAAAAAAGGGUCAAAUCAAUGCAUGAAGAAAACGAAGAAGAGAUUGAAUCCCAGGAGAGCUUUUACAAGGAUCAAAUCAAGAUUCUUGAAGCAAGAGUGAAAGAGCUUGAAGGGAAGUUGCAGGUAUUAGGUGCAAAUACUUUACUUACAGGAGAACCUGACACGGCCAACCUAAGGGAGGAGUGUAGUAACACCAAUUCAACAGCAACCUUGGUAUCGACGAGGAUUCAAAUUUGAA